CGCGCCGCGCCGCGCCGCGCCGGUAGAAAGUGGUCAGCCAAUGAGCUGAGAACGGUUCCUGGGCCGGCCAGUUCCCGAGAAGCGGCGGCGACCGGCAGUGUCGCGGCAGCGGAUCAGCCCGGUGGAUCGGUCGCUCGGUCGGUCAGCUGAUGAUACGUCGCCGUGGUCGCGGUGAUCGCACGAGCUGAACGAGCCCACGCGAAGGGAACUCGCGGGAACACGCGACUGCCAGCCCAGAGUACGCGGAGACACACACGCGCGCGCGCGGAACGAUGAGGCUCCAGGACGCGGUGCUGCUCUGUGCCGUCUUGAUCGUCGCAGUGCAUUGCCAAAAGAACAAAAAGGACGAGGACAAGAAAGACGAGGAGUUCAGGUGUCCGGAGGGCCAGGGCAACGGUAACUUCGCCGAUCCGGCAACCUGCAGGAGGUUUUACCAGUGCGUCGAUGGAUACCCCUACUUGAACCGGUGUCCGUCGGGCUUGCACUUCGACGACAUCAGCAAGUUCUGUACCUUCAGGAACGAGGCGCGAUGCGGACCCAUCGAGGCCACGCCAGCACCAAUCACCGAGCCGCCGACGGAUCUGGCCGAGCGCUGCGACACGUCGGAAUGCCAGCUGCCGUACUGCUUCUGUUCCAGAGACGGCACGAUCAUUCCCGGUGGUCUGCAUCCGGAGGAGACGCCGCAAAUGAUCAUAAUGACAUUCGAUGGUGCGAUAAAUCACAAUAACUUCGAUCACUACCAAAAAAUAUUCACCCAAGAUCGCCUGAAUCCCAACAACUGUCCGUUGAGGGGCACGUUCUUCAUCUCUCACGAGUACUGCAACUACAACAUGGUCCAGAGCCUGGCGCACGACGGUCACGAGAUUGCGACCGAGACGAUCUCACUCCAGAAGGGCCUGGAGGACAAGGGUUACGAGGAGUGGGUCGGCGAGAUGAUCGGAAUGCGCGAGAUACUCAAGCACUUCAGCAACAUCUCGACCGGCGAGGUGGUCGGUAUGCGGGCGCCUUACCUGAAGCCCGGCCGCAACACUCAGUACAAGGUGCUCGAGGACUUUGGAUAUAUAUACGAUAGUAGCAUAGGAAUCUCGCCGCUCAAGGUGCCGAUCUGGCCGUACACGCUCGAUUACAAGAUCCCGCACGAGUGUAAAGCGGGUACCUGCCCUACGAAGUCGUUCCAAGGCAUCUGGGAGUUACCCCUGAAUGCACAUUACGUGGAGAGUUACGAGGGUGGACACUGCCCUUACUUGGACCAAUGCGUUCUUCACAAUCACGAUCCCGAGGAAGUGUUCGAUUGGCUGCAGGAGGACUUCAACAGAUACUACGAGCAGAACAGAGCGCCGUACAUGAUGCCUUUCCAUACCAAUUGGUUCCAGAUCAAGGAAUUGGAGCGCGGUCUGUCGAAAUUUCUCGAUUGGGUGGUAACGCUACCUGACGUCUACUUCGUCACCGCCACGCAGGCGUUGACAUGGAUGACCGAUCCAAAGCCGAUCAAGGCUCUGCACAACUUCGAAGGGUGGUCGUGCAAGAAGAAAGAGAAUCUGCCCGGACCGCCGUGCAACAAUCCGCACAAGUGCGCCUUAGACUUCAAGCCUCCCGAAUCGAAUUUCACAACGACUAGGUACAUGGAAACGUGCAGGGAGUGCCCGAACAAGUACCCGUGGUUGGGAGACUCGAAGGGUACAGGGCUGUACAACGAUAAUUACAAUCCUGAAAAGAAAUAGGGAGUGUCACUUGAGUGAAUUAGACUUAAUUUAGCGCAAGCGAUUCGCGUUUCGUUGUUAUCAAGGUAGAUGUCUUGGGUGCGCGCGCGAUAUAGAUCCAUUAUCGACGCUGCACCCGCGUCAAGCAUCUGGCUUUCUAAUAUUGGAGAAAUCUCAUGAAAUUUUAAUUUGUAUCCUGAAUGCACGAGUCAGUAUGCGUGAACUUAUACGCCUAUCUCCGUAUACUCGACGUUCGCAUCUAAUUAAUGUUAAGUGUGUACCGCUCAAUCUGAAAGAGAAAAUAAAACGUUUUGAUGCUACAUAAAAUCUAAGAA